AUGGAGAACGAGAAAGGCGAGAUCGUCGAUCUCUACGUGCCCCGCAAGUGCUCAGCCACGAACCGCAUCAUCAAGGCCAAGGACCACGCCUCAGUGCAGAUCUCGGUCGGCAAGGUCGACGAGAAUGGCCGCUACACGGGCGAGAACCAGGUAUACGCGCUGUGCGGCUUCGUGCGCUCGCGCGCCGAGAGCGACGACAGCCUGAACCGCCUCGCGCAGAAGGACGGUUUCUUGAAGAGCGUGUGGAGCGCCAGUGCUACGAGAUAA